AUGGACGACCCAUCAGACGCCAUUGUCGAAACAAGACAAGACCUCAUGGUUUCACCAACCGAGCACGAUUUCAGAACUGCCCAUUUCCUCAAACCGUCUGCUCCUCCAACAACCACCAUUGAAGAAGCUGAAGCUCCGCCAUUUUUCGACUCUUCAACGACAAAAACUUCAAAACCCAGAAACAGAAACUCCCCAUUAGAGGUGUCGUUUGAUGGGUGGCUUUUCCCUCAAGAAAAGUGGAAAAACUGGGUCAAAAAGCUCUCCCCCAAGUACAAGCAAACAUGGGAAAGAGCGGGGAUUUACAGAGCAAUAAUGGGGUCCACUUACAAAGUUAACAAAUGCCCAGAUUUGGUGCUGGAGCUGGCCAAGAAAUGGUCUCCCAAAACCAACACUUUUGUCUUCGAUUUCGCCGAAAUUACAAUCACUUUGGAAGAUGUCAUGCUUUGCGGAGGUUACUCUGUUCUGGGCUGUCCUGUUUUCAACCCACUUGAGGCUUCUUUUCUGAGUCCUUCUGAGCGUGAAGAAAUGGAAGAAACAGAGCAAAAACUGAACGAAGAAAGAUUAGUUCUUACCAAGUCUAAGGCCAAGAAACCUUGUCACUAUCCUUGGAUGAGAAUUUUCAUGGAGGAGAAAGAGAGAAAGAGUGAGAUUGAGCAUGAGGCGUUUCUCUCUCUAUGGCUUUCAAGGUUUGUUUUUCCUGCUUGUUUUAGAACUGUAAUGCUCAAACAUCUUUUCCCACUUGCGAUUCGUUUGGCUAGAGGGACUAGAAUCGCUUUGGCACCGGCUGUUUUGGCUAGUAUUUAUAGGGAUUUGAGCCUUUUGAGAGAAAAAAUGUUUGCUUCGAGGGAUUCUAAUGAUGGUAGUAAAGUUGUGGUUUGGGCUCCUUUUCAGUUGGUUCAAGUCUGGGUUUAUGAGAGAUUUGUGUUGUUACAGCCUGAGAGGAAUUUAGGUGAAUUGGGUCAAACAAGGCUAGCUCAAUGGCAUAAGGUUAAGAAGUUGGAAUGUGAGGAUGUAAAGGCUGUUUUUAACUCUUCUGGCGAGUUUUUCAUAUGGAGGCCUUAUACCAUGGAAAUGGAGAACUGGGUUCUUCCCAAGUUUUACAGAGAUAAAGAAGAGUGGUUGUUGGUUAAUGAGGGUUUGGACGAAGAAUUGGAGUCGUUUGCGCUGUGUUUGAGGGCUUCGGAGUUGGUGGGCAUCGAUCAGUCGGGUCAUUUUGUUGAGAAGUAUCUUCCACAUAGAGUGGCAAGGCAAUUUGGGAUGGACCAAGAUUUGCCGGGCAGUGUGAGUUGGUAUAAUCAGACUCAUUUUGUUGCUUGGAAAAGUUACAAUAAGCCUUUGAACUUUGAGAAGCUGUAUAUUCAAUCGAGGUUUUUCAGUCCUGGUGUUACCUAUAGAUACUUUGAGUGGUGGAAUAGAUGGAAAUCGGGUGGCCAAGAUGCAGUUGGGCCGAUGUGUGGUGCACUGUCAAAGAGACCGAAAAAAGAGAGCAAUACUACUUCUGUCCCUCCUAGUUUUCCUCCAAAGUGUAAUGAUGUUGAAGUAGGAGGUUCUCAUCUGGAUGACAAAGUGACACAUGAGAAAAUGCUUGGAACGGUUGAUGCGAAAAGGCCCAAGAAUGGAAGUUGUUUUUCGGGUAGUGUUAUAAAGAAGAAGCGUCCGAUGGAACCAGUUGAGGAAAAGGGCGCUGUGGAUAACAAAAGGAAGAGAUUAAGAGAAGAGACUGGUGACUCAUCUUGUCAUCUUGUUUUUUCUCAAAAGUCUAAUAAAGCUAAAUUUAGGGGCUCUGAUCCGCAGGGCAAGUCGACACUCGCAGAAAUGUUAAGGCCUAAACACAUUGAUGAUGGAAAUAUUCCACAGAAGGAGGGUCCUUCUUCAAAUGUUGUAAAGGAGGAGACGAUGGAAAAUAGGGCGUCAAUGGAAGACAAAAGGAAAAGAUUGAGAGAGGAGAAUGAUUUAUCUUGUCCACCGGGUUUUUCGCAAAAGCAUAACAGUAAAGUUGAAGUAAGGGGAUCUGAUCCGGAGGACAGGUCGACAUUUACACAAAUGUUUAGAUCUCGGAACAUCAUCGGCCGAAGUGUAAAUGGUAAUCCUUCGCCUAUAAGGAAACCAUUUGAGAAAGAGGCUUCCAAGGAAGAAAAAGUUGAUAUUGGGGGCUCUGAUGUGGAGGACAGGUUGACACUCACACGAAUGGUCAAAUCUAAAAACAUCUACAGAAGUGUUAAUGGAAGUCCUUUGCCUAUGACGGAACCGGUUGAGGAAGAAGCUGCCUUGAAAGACAAGAAAAGUGAAGUGGUGAGCGAAGAAGAAAGAUUGAAUGAUAAGAAAGGAGAGAGCGGAGAGCUUUGUGAGUUUAAUUUAGAUGGAGUGGACGCGCUUGAAGCUCGGAUUGCGAGGGCUGAGAACUCGAUUGCUAAUAUAAAAGCAGCAAGAAGACACAAAAUGUUAUUUGGUACACGAAAAACUAAAGAGAAACCUGUUGUUCUGGAGGAAUUGUCUGGUUCUGGCUCUAAUAUGGUGUUUACUGACUGA